GAGGGUUUUUCCCUUUUAAGACGUUUUAUUCAAUUACAACAUACAUAAAAGUGUACAACUCACUGAAUUUUCAGAAACAGAACACAUGGCGCCACACCCAACAUCAGGAUCAUGAAACAGAACAUUUCCAGCAGCACAGAGCCGCCUUGCGCCUCCACCAGGCGUCCCUCAACAGUUUCAAGCCCCGCAACGUGAAGUGCACAGAAGUCUGGCUGCAUUGAGGUCUCCGCCCCGGUCCGCCAGGUUCCCGGCAUGCAGCGCGGCGAUCCCGACGUGCCCCGCGGCGCGCGGAGCCGGCUACCCGGUGAGCUGUGAGGAAGGCGGGAGCGGUGGCGGCGUAGCGUGAGGCUGCGUGUGUGCUGGCGGGCGGAGGCGACAACGCGGGGUCGACAUGGAAGUUUAACUUCUCUCCCAGAUGACUGACUUAACUUCUGCCUACGUAGACUAAGGGUAAGCAUUGUGUUUUGGUCACCUACUUAGUAAUGGAUAUGUGAUAUACUGUGGCUGUAAAGAGGGAAGUUUGCUCUGAAAUUGUUCAUUGCCAGCUAAACCAGUAGGACUUAGGACAUUCUCAAUUUUAGGUUUAUAGUCCCUAAAUUCCUGAAGCGGACUACUGAAUCUUGACACAGGUAUUUUACAGAUAUUUAAUUUCCACAAAGGAAUGUGUGCCCAGACUGACAACAAUUUACUUUAUUUUCCAGGAAGGAUGCCAAUUCUGCUCUGCUCAGUAAUUAUGAGGUGUUCCAGUUACUGACUGAUCUGAAAGAGCAACGGAAAGAAAGUGGAAAGAACAAACACAAUUCUGGGCAACAGAACUUGAAUACUAUCACCUAUGAAAGCUGAAAAGCUUCAGCUGCUGAACCACAGGCCUAUGACUGCUGUUGAGAUCCAGCUGAUAGUGGAAGAGAGUGAAGAACGGCUCACGGAGGAGCAGAUCGAAGCCCUCCUCCACACCGUCACAAGCAUUCUGCCUGCGGGGCCAGAGGCUGAACAGAAGAAAAAUACGGAUGACGUGACAAUGGAUGAAGAGGACCCAGCAUAAGAGGAGCACAGCUGGCCCAACCACCUCAUGAAGCUGAAAGGCCCAGCAGCCAUUUCCCAGACACUCAGAGGAUUGUUCAUUUGGUUGUACCCUCUAUCCCAGCAGGCCUGAUUUCAUGGUUAGUUGGAUAAAUCACAAAAAUAAGCUAAAAAGAAGUACUUGUGCCUCUGGGAGAUGAAACAUGGUGAAGACAGGCUGAGGUUGUCAGGGCAGAGAGCUAAAGAGAGGAGGACAGAGCCAAAGAGGACAAUGAGUGUGGAACCCUCUGUGGUCAAAAUAUUUCUUCUGUGGCCUUUGCCACAGUUGUGGGAAGGCCCCCAUACACAGCUGGUAAAGUACUUUGUGUUGCCUUUGAUGGGCUGUGUCCUAAUUAGUUUCAUCUGCUUCCCUAGGAGCUUCCCAAGCAGGGGCUCUGAGCACUGUUGGGAUGAGAGCAGAGUUAAGAGAAUCCCGUUAGAUGACUAGAAACUCCCAGAGCAGCAGAUAGUUGCUUUAGGUUAAAAUGAGCCACUGAACUUGGCUUACCUCAGAGGAAUCUUUUCCUUGAGAACAUUGGAGAUAAGAGAACAGCCUGGCCAACCCUUGAUCGGGUCUGAAGGCUUGUUUCCUUUGCUGGCAGGGGUGGUGUUUACCAGCUCACACUAUUCAGUCUUAAAUGUUAGGGUACCGACCGGCCCAUUCCAGUUGAAAAGCGGCACUCCAGACUGAAUGACAGCUCAGCAGAAGAACAGCAUUGGCCGCCUUUCUAAUGACCUUCAGUUUCCUGCCCUGAGACAGGAGCCCUGAGUAGACACCUUUGUGUCAAGUCUGGGUGAACUUCAUUUGCAUGAUGGGCAAAUUGUCUGCAUCUUUUGAAAGGGGUCAGUUAUAUAGCUCUUCAUGGAUAAAAUAUGGAGAAACUGGAGGUUGGUUCCUAAGAAUUUGAAUUUGUUAGCUGUUGCAAGGGUGUAUCAGUUUUUUAAUUUAAAAUAUUAGGAUAAUUACCAUGUGAAGAACUUACUGAUACUGAGGCUUUGGAGAGUUCAGUAGCUCCAGAUGUGUGGUUGCCCUAAUCCUAGGAAUGUUGCUGAAAAUUAAUUUUCCACAUUCGCUCUGCUCCUGACUUGGGGAAGAAAAUGCCCACAGACACUAAUUUUCCAAAUUGGUACUUAUUUUGUUGUGAGAUUACAUAUUUUCAGUGCUGCUGUUAACUGGAUGAUUUCCCACCCCCUUGCAAUUUCCAGGUUAUUUCAACCUCCCUACCACCCCUGCCAGUUGCACUCAUGUCUUUCUUAACCUUAUCAUCUGAGGAUCACCUGAGAUGUGUUUACAGGCAAAACUGGAAUUCACAGGGCAUUUAUAUUUAAGUCUCUUGUCUGUAUUGGGAAUUUUACCAGGAAUUGUUGAUUUUUCUUGUCAAGGCAUCACAUGGGUACCUAUGCCACUGUUUCAUUUUAACUGUGAGUGUGUUUGAUGUAUUUUUUAAAUGGAUUAACCUAAUUAAUAAUAAAUUGUUUCCAAGUGA